GACCUCCUCGCCCGGGAGCAAGAGUACAAUGGUUUAAUCCUGGAGCUGAGUUGAACUCACCCAGUUUGCUCUUGCCUAACUUGCUAGUCUGGUGACGUACUUCAGAAGACAUUAGUAAGGACCAUGGACAGGCAGGGCAGUGCUGCCGCCUGCCAGAGGCGUUUAAAUGAAGAAUUGGAGGCAAAAACUGCUGAUCUGGUUCGACAAGCUGAGGAAGUAAUAAGAGAGCAGCAAGAAGUGCGAGCCAGGCCUUUUUCAGCACUAACUACAUCAUGCAAAGAGGAAGAUGGUUACAGUCCGAGAGAUCUGUUGUCAUCUGAAGGGGUGGCUCAUCCAUGGACAGAAACCAAGCCAAAGACCAAAAACACUGGUCCUGUAAACAAGAUUCAAAACAGACUCCACUCUGCAGAUAAAGAAAGGAAAUCAAAUUCAAGUGCUAAACUGAAAUAUCCUGACGUGCAGACUGCCAAUGAUGUGGCCAUCCCAGACGAUUUCUCAGACUUCUCCCUUGCCAAGACGAUUAACAGGAUUCAAGGGCAGCUGGAUGAGGACGGCUUGCCCGAGUGUGGGGAGGACGACAGCUUCUGUGGUGUUAGUAAGGACAUUGGGACUGAGGCUCAGAUCCGAUUUCUAAAGGCCAAGCUCCAUGUGAUGCAGGAGGAGCUGGACAGCAUUGUGUGCGAGUGCAAUAAGAAGGAGGAUGAAAUUCAGGAUUUAAAGUCCAAGGUGAAAAAUUUGGAAGAAGACUGUGUGCGACAACAGCGAACAGUUACAUCCCAGCAAUCCCAAAUAGAAAAGUAUAAGAAUCUUUUUGAAGAAGCAAAUAAAAAAUGUGAUGAAUUACAGCAGCAGCUGUCUUCAGUAGAACGGGAAUUAGAAAAUAAAAGAAGAUUACAAAAACAGGCUGCCUCAAGUCAGAGUGCCACGGAGGUUCGUCUGAAUCGAGCUCUUGAAGAAGCAGAAAAGUAUAAAGUGGAGCUGAGUAAACUCAGGCAAACUAACAAGGAUAUUACAAAUGAAGACCAUCAAAAAAUUGAAGUGUUGAAAUCAGAAAACAAGAAACUAGAAAGACAAAAAGGAGAAUUAAUGAUAGGGUUCAAGAAGCAGUUGAAAUUAAUUGACAUUUUGAAAAGGCAGAAGAUGCAUAUUGAAGCUGCGAAGAUGCUGUCUUUCAGUGAGGAGGAGUUUAUGAAGGCUCUUGAGUGGGGCAGUUCAUGAGUGAACAACUGCAAUGUGAUGCUUAUUUGAUAUCAGAGUGUAGUCUUCUUACUGUUCAUGAGUAAUGAGAACAUUUGUGAAAUAAAAGAUUUAGAUAAUGA